AAAAAAGUUCCUUGCACCAACGCCAACACCAACACCGUGAUCAUGGAGAAUGCCCCGCUGCUUUCUCUUGUCUUACUGGUCCCGUUCCUCAAUUUCACUGUGAGACUGCCCUAGGCUUCUUGGGAAUUACGAUGGAGAAACAGUGUCUUGUUGGCUCCAGUCGAGAGAUGAAAGGUCCCUUGUUUGAAGCCGGGUCCGGAGCCGGUCUUGGUCCGAUAUUGAAGUUUCUCUUGCGCCUUUAACCCGGGUACGGAUACAGUGUAUUCCUCCUCGCAUCAGAUUCCAUACCGCCUUGCGUCACUGGCAGUCCUCAGCGGGUGCUGUCGUUUAUUCCCGGGUCUUCAUCUGCGCAUAUUCUCUCAUCUCUUCUCCCCUUUGCUGCUUCAGCUAUUUCUUCUCCCAUCCCCCCAUCUCCAUGCUCAUAUUACCAAAUCCUUCAGCUCAUGUUUAUAGCUACAAGGUCGUUCAGGUUCUCAGGACAACUACUCAGAGUCCCACACGCGACUCUACCCCAAAACAUACGUUUCUUUACUUCGGGUUCCUUGCAUACAACCUUCGCCUUACCUCGGCCUCAGAUCCAAGCAAGAUCUGUUGUUUUAGCGUCACAUCUCGUGUUUCGACGUCAAAUUCGUCCUACGUUCCACUCCAAGGCCUUUGCUACGAUGGGCUCGCUCCCCGAAUCAUCCAACGCCGUGCGCGUUCUCAUACUUGGGGGUUGCUAUGGUGGUCUAUCUGCUGCUGUUAACUUGCUUGAUCUGAGCCAAGGAUACUCUCCCCGCAUGAAUUCCGAGCCAUACAUCCACCAUCCUGAUGUUCCUCGCUUUAACAUUGAUAUCACUAUCGUCGAUGAGAGAGAUGGCUACUACCAUUUGAUCGGCUCCCCGUUGGCUCUUGCCGAUUCCAACUUCUCCAAGAAGAACUGGGUCAAGUACUCUGAUAUCCCUGGCCUCAAAGAUCCCAGCAUCAACAUCAUCCAAGGCUCUGUCACCAGUGUCGACCCUGCAACCAAGAAGGCGACCAUCUCUGCUCACCUCACCGAGGACAAGAGUACCCUUGAGUACGACUACCUCGUCUCUGCUACUGGUCUACGUCGCGUCUGGCCGGUUGUGCCUCAGUCCAAGACACGAAAGCAAUAUCUCCUUGAAGCUGAGAACCACAUCAGCUCUGUUCAUAAUGCUAAGUAUGGCGUCGUGGUCGUUGGUGGAGGCGCUGUUGGCAUCGAGAUGGCUGCAGAGCUGAAAAUGGUGAAGCCUCGCCUCAAGGUGACUCUCGUUCACUCGCGUGACAAGCUCCUUUCUUCAGAAGGUCUUCCUGACGAGACCAAGGAUGUGGCUCUUAAGUUACUCCGUGAGGCUGGUGUUGAGGUUCUCAUGAACCAUCGUCUAGCUGCAAACAACAAGGUCGAGACGACCGACGCGAGUGAGAAGUAUGAGAUUGAGUUUACCAACGGCCAUAAGAUGUUCGCAAGCGAGGUUAUCAUGGCAAUUUCCAGGAGUGUUCCAACCUCAACAUACUUGCCGACAUCUGCCCUCGAUGCGGAUGGUCUUGUCAAGAUCAAGCCCAAUCUGCAGUUCCAGGACGGCACACCCAACGCCGAGUCGCACUAUGCUGCUGGCGAUAUCACCAACUGGCCUGGUAUCAAGCGGUGUGGCGGUGCCAUGCAUCACGGCCACUACGUAGCACAGAACAUCCAUCAAAGCAUCCUCAGCCAACGAGCAGGUCAUACCCCAGAGUUCAAGGAGCUUGUGGUAUACCCUCCUGUGAUUGGGCUCGCAGUUGGAAAGAAGGCGGUGGCAUCGAGCCCUGACACAGGCACUGUUUAUGGCGAGGAAGUUGCUCAGUCUUGCUUCCGAGAUGAUCUUGGUUGGACGAUUUGCUGGAACUACAUGCAGCUCGGUGGACGCAAGACUGACGAGGCUAAGGCUUAAUGGGAAACGAUCUUAGUGACUGGCGUUCGGGAUAUAGUCUUUCAGACAUGCUACUGAGGAUGAGCGACAGCAUUGCGUUGUCUUGAGUGUAUUGGUUACUUCUUCUUGAUACCUAUUAUCUGAGUUAAAGUUCUUAUGCUAUGUUUAUAUAGUGAGAAAUUGUCCAAAUCUGUUCACGAACAGCUGAAUCCAUCUAGCAUGAGACUGG